AUGUCGAGAUGCCAGGCUGUUGCGCGGCCGUUGGCACGGCCAUCGCGGCUGCCAUGCGCAAUCCGGCUCUUCACCGCCGGGGCACCUCGCGCCGCUGAUGUUCAAGAGCAAUCAGCCUCCGCUGUGUCGAAGGAACCGAGCGCCUUGGACCUCGAUCCCAACACUGUUCUUCCCGAAUUCGAGGCCCAACUGAUAAAGGCCGGCAAGGUGCCAAUCGGCUCGAGAAGACGUCGGGUGGCCAUGCGAAUUACAUCCAACAUUCCCUUUGAGCAGUUGCCGUACCAAGCGUUUCAGGAAGCUAGGAAAAUCCUGGCUGCAGACCGACAGGACAAGCUGGCCAAGAUUAGUGUGGAACUUGAAAAAAUUGCUAAACUGGAGCAGAAAGAUGCAGCGCAGGUCAAAGGCGGACAGAAGAUGAAGGAUGUCAAGCUGGCGAGUUUGCGCAGAGAGGUGGAGCGGUUGAAGUUGUUGGCUGAUAUAAACGACCCGCUGGUGAAGAAGAGGUUUGAGGAUGGACUGGGUGAUAUGAACAAGCCCAUUUAUCGUGCCCUCGCCGAGAAAAAGUGGCGAUCAUACGACUACCGACUCAUCACCCAGCGAAUUAAGCAGUUCAACAUUGUUCCAGAUGUUCUUCCCAAGCUGGAGCCCACCGCCGACGUGCAGCUCUUCUUCCGCCAGUCGAAAAUCCCCCCUGGCGAAAUCGUCGACAGCCUUGUAAGCGAGAGUGCACCUCGUCUACGAGUUCAGGUUUUCGACAAAGGCGAGCGGCUCAUCACCAUUGUUGUGGUCGACUCGGACGUUCCUGAUGUCGGCAGCGACACCUUCACAAAACGAUGCCACUUCUUGGCGGCAAACAUCCCCCUUGACCCGACGAAUACCUCGCUGCCGCUGACUAGGAUUCGGGCCCAGGACCAGCUGGCUGUGCCGUGGCUGCCUGCCUUUUCGCAAAAAGGCGCUCCUUACCACAGACUAGGUGUUUACCUGCUCGAGCAGAAGGCCGGCGAGAAAGUCGACGUUGCCAAGCUGAAAGAGCUGUACUCUGGUCGCGACGGCUUCUCUCUCAAGUCCAUGCGCGACAAGUUCAACCUGCAGCCGUUUGGGUUCAACAUUUUCCGCUCGGUUUGGGACGAGCACACGGCUGCUGUUAUGGCCCGACAUGGCAUCCCUGGUGCGGACGUGGAGUUUCGACCUACGCGUGUGCACAGCAUGAAGCCGCCCGUCAAGGCACGCGGAUGGGAAGCCAAGCGACAGGGCCCCAAGUACCGCCACCUUUGGAAGUACACCAAGCGCAUCAGGGGUAUCUCCAAUGCCAGGGGCUGGAUCAAGAAACGGUGA